CCCGCCGCCACUUGAGGCUCCCGCCCCCUUGGUCGGAGGUGGCGCCUCUCCUACUGGCGACCGGCGACCGGAGACUGGAGGUGGCGUCGGGAGCUGAAGCCCCAGGCUCGGAUGUCACUGCGCGGGCGCCCUGGAGCGCGUCUCCCGCUGAAGCCACAGGCCCGCCAGCCCCAGUCCCCAACUGUACAACCAUGGAGGCCCUGGGUACUGGGAGCGACCGCACCUCCCCGGCGCCAGACACUGGAAGCCUAGACUUGAGACGGCUGUCCACGCGCGCCGACUCGGCCUACAGCUCUUUCUCCGCGCCAUCUAGCGGUCCCGAGACCUGCACGCCGCCCCCGGGCACCGACCUCCUCCCUUACUUAGACUGGGACUACGUGCGCGUGGUUUGGGGUAGCCGAUCCCAAACCCCACAAGAUGCUAUCCUUCCAACGACCCAGCCGCCCGGGUCGACAGUCGCUGAGCACAGCAGCCCACGGCCUCCAGAGGUCCAGGGAAGCACGGGGCCACUGAACAGACAGGACACCCCGCUGCUGUACGCGCUGGCCGCCGAGGCUGAGGCUGCCGCGUGCAAUUCGGAGCCUCCCAGCCCGCCAGCCUCGCGGGCUGCCUACCGCCAGCGGCUGCAGGGUGCGCAGCGGCGCGUGCUGCGGGAAACGUCCUUCCAACGAAAGGAGCUCCGCAUGAGCCUGCCCGGGCGCCUGCGGCCCGCACUCCCCGCGCGACCUCCCCUGGUGCACACGCGCUCUGCCUCCAUCAGCCAGGAGGGAGGAGAAGCAGAGCCAGCACGCCCUGCGGUCCCAGCGCUGGGUGCUGUGGGCCGGGGGCGUCUCGCCAGCCAGCAGAGGCUGUGUUGCUUCUCCGAGCCAGGCAAACUGCAUCGCGUGGGUUGGAGCGGUGGGCCCCCAAGCGAGGGCCUGAGAGAGGCUUGUUCCACGCAGGAGCUGCAGCAUAGAACGCACGCUAAAUCCCAAGGGCUGCAGGAGACUCAGUCCCUAAGUUCAGUAGAGCUGGACUCUGGGUCUGUGGAUCUUGGCAAUGCCCAUAGGCCUGUGGGUCGGAGUCAGAGUGUUUCAGGCGAGGUCAUGCGUCCUAGCAAAGGUUCAGAAAGGACUGUGGCCGCUGUCCAGGCUGUUCCUCAAAGAGCAGAGACGCCCAGACCAUUGCUUCAGACCAAGCUUUCCAGUGGAAAGGCUCUCUCUUCUGGUCACUGUUGGGUCCCUGCCUCUAGGUUCUUGACUCAGAAGGAGGCUGCCAUGGCAUGUCCUGGAGAGGUCUUCCAGACCAGACCAUCUGGCUGUGGUCAGAGAGUCUCUGAGACCACAGUGUCUACUCCGUACCCCUCCCUACCUGAUGAUGAUGUGUCCCCGGAAGAAGCCAAGACGCCAUCCCCUCAAGAUUCCCAUGCCCCCCAGGGGCCCCCAGUCAGGGAUCUCCACAGCCCUGACCAGCAGUAUGAAAAUGGCUUAAGCAAAAAAGCUGGCCAGAUUACAGUCUCAGCAGAGACCCCCUCCCGUGAGGUUCCAGGGAUCACAGGAACAGACAACUACCGCCAAGGGGUGAAUGGCUCUGCGGACAUCUCCAGACCUACAAGCCGUAGCCCUCCUGGGACUACAAAUGAUGACAUCCCACCAUCUGACGCUGCUGUGCCUCUGACCACUGACCCCCUCUACCCCGCAGCUACACAUGAUAACGCCCUGGGGCCUCUCUCAGGGGAAGUCCUGCGACCUUCAGGCUCUGAGACUCCAGGGCCCCCUCACCACACUUCCCUGGCCUGGGGCCAGCCUGGUUCCAAGCCAACUUGGCCUAGUCGGCAUUUUGAGGAGCUGGUUCAGGAGCUGGCCAGACUGGAUCCCUCUUUGAGUGACACUCUUGCUGCCCAGCCUGGUCCAGAGCCACCACUGGGCCUGCUGGAUGGCCUCUUUCCUGCCGCAGAGGUCUGGACUGCGAUGAGGCCAGCCUGUGAGGAGGCUGGAGUGAUGGAGACAGGGUACUGCGGAUGCCACUUCACCCAAGAACCUCCGGCUUCCCAGGAGGCACUGAGGUCUGAAAACUCUAGCCCCAACCCUGUGCCUGACCAGACAAGUGGCCAGGGACUCCCAGAACGAAACAGCAUCCAGGCCAAGGAACAGGUGGAGCUAGCCCGCCUCCUCCAGAAGAUGCUCCAGGAUCUUCACGUUGAGCAGGAGCGACUGCGGGGAACGGCCGCAAACUGGACCCGACGCCUCGAAGCUCUGGAGGCUGCAGUGAGCCAGGCCUGUACACCCCGGGAGCUGGAGCGGUUCCGCCGGUUCAUGACUGAUCUAGAGCGCGUGCUUGGUCUUCUGCUGCUGCUGGGCAGCCGCCUGGCCCGUGUGCACCUCGCCUUGGCCAGGACCGGCUCAGACAGUGACUCUGAUGAGAGGGCCUCGCUGCUGCAGCGACUCCGUCUUCUGCAGCGACAGCAAGAGGACGCUAAGGAGCUAAAGGAGCAUGUGGCGCGGCGGGAGCAAGCCCUGCGUCAAGUGUUGGAGCGGGAGCUGCCCACAGAGCAUCUACGCUCCUAUUGUGCGCUGCUAGCUGCCAAGGCCAGGAUCCUAUCCCAGCAGCGCAGCCUGGACGACCGAAUCCGGUUCCUUAAGGACCAACUGGACACUAUCUGGAACGACCUGAGUCAUCAUCCCCUUUUCCCCAGACUGUCCUGGGCCCCAGGGAUUCGUCCUCUGGGCAAACCACCUUUUCCGGCUACACAUAUCUAGUUACAGGUGGUGGAGGUGGGGAGUAUUGUCCUAGCCUCACCCACAACUGGGGCCCGAGCCUUAUAGAGAGCUUUCCCUGGAGGGAGUAGGGAGGACUCCAAGCAGGCCUUGCCAGAACCCAUCUUCUCACAGUGUAAUUACUUGGGAAUUAAUGUAUAGGUCUUAAAAACUGCCUGGCCUGGUGAGUGUAGCUGUAAUCUCAGCUAUAUGGGAAGCUGAGGGAGGAAAAUUUCAAGUUCAAGGCCUAUCUGGGGGUAAAAAUGGUGCUAAAAAGCCAACCUAGGCAACUUAGAAGAGUCUGCCUCAAAAUAAAAUGUCAAAGGAAGGCGCAGGGGACUGGAGAGAUGGCUCAGCAGUUAAGACUGCUUGCUGUUCUUCCAAAGGAUCUGGGUUCUGUUUCUGGCAUGCGUGUUGUUCAGCUCACGCCCACCUGUAACUACAGU